AUGGAAGUCAUAGAUUACCGUGUUUCUCGAAUUGUGGUCCUUUGUAAAGAUUGUGGCCAUGACGUUGGUCUCUAUCCUGCUCGUCACAAAUGUGAGUUGCCUCAAUCCGAUUCCUUCUCGAAUCCUGUUCCCCCUAUUCCCAAACAACACCUUUCAACUAAAAAUAAAAAUGAUACUAAUGCUGCUGGGUUGUGGGGUAAACUUAGAUCUGUAAAUAAUUGGAAAAACGUAUCUGAAGACGAUAAUGUUACUCCUUCUAUAUCACAACCUUCUCAAGGUUCUAAACUAUGGGAUAAAUUAUUGAAAUCUGAGAAGGAUGAAUGGGAAGGUGAAACUCACAUUUCUCGUAUAUUACGUGAAUAUCAUCAUCAAAAAUCUGGUGAUAUCCCUGAUUGGUUAUUUGAUUCUAAUGCUAGCGCCAAUUCGGAUGAUGAUAAUAACAGGGGUAGGAAACUAGGGAUACCAAUUAUAGUUGACAGGAAUCGUGACCAUAGUCCAUCUGAUAGACUUGCUGUCCGUAAUGAUCAAAGAAAAUAUUCUCCUUCAUCUUUACCGAACAAUUUUGAUUCUGAUAUGUUUAAUGAUAAGACUAGUAAUACUCUUCAACUUCCAGGUUAUCAAAGAGUUGGUGGUGAUAGGUCUUAUUCAAAUACUAAUAGGGCAAGAAGUGCUAGUCCAAAUCAUAAUUUUUUAUCUUCAUCUCGUGAUGGCGAUUCUCAAUAUAGUCAACGAUCAGGAAAUUAUAGACAAGGUGGUUUCUUUUAA